AUGAUGAAAAAAUCCAUCUUUUAUUUCUUGCUCUUAGAAAUAAUUAACACUCAAUCUUCACAUACUUGUCCUACUGGUUGUUCAGUAUGCAACGGAGCUAGUGGCAAUUGUAGUGCUUGCUUAUCUGGAUAUUACUUGGUAGGGUAAAAUUGUAAUCAAUGCCCAACAAAUGGUUGCCCACUAUGUCAACUACCAUGUUAAGCUUGUGUAACAAAUAGUUCAGAUUGUUAAACAUGCAAUGACUAAGCUAAUUAAGAGGGUGUUACCUGUUAAUGCAAACCAGGAUAUAUUAUGAACACCUCAAAUUACUUUUGCGAUUAAUGUUAAUUUCCAUGUGUCACAUGUUAAACAACAGUAAAUUAUUGUUUAACAUGUGCUGCAACCUAUACUAUAGAUUCGAGUACUCAUACAUGUUCAUGCUUGACUAAUCAAUAUGAAGUAAAUGGUACACCAAAAACAUGUCAAAAUUGUACGAGUCCAUGUUCAACUUGUACAUUAUCUGCAACUAAUUGUGGUUCAUGUGUAACUGGAUUAAAUAGAAAUCUAUAAACUAACUAAUGCGUUUGUGAUGAUGGAUAUUAUGAAAAUACUACAUGUUAACCAUGUUAAUAACCAUGCAUUAACUGUAAUUCAUUAUCAGUUUGUACAUCAUGUAAAGAUCCGACUUAUUAAUCAGGAUCGUCAUGUAUUUGUUAACAAACUUAUUUUAUGAAUGACUCUUAUAUGUGUUAAAAUUGUGUUGCCCCUUGCUAAAAUUGUAUUUCAGAAUUGUUAUGCGAAUCAUGUAUAUAAAAUUAUUAUAUUUCUGGAAAUAAUUGUUUAUAAUGCACUUGGCCAUGUUACAAUUGUGUUGAUAUUCCUACAAAAUGUACAUCAUGUGUUGAUUCAAAUAUAACACCAAUCGAUAAUGUAUGUAGUAGUGAUGGUUGUCUUGAUGGAUAAUUUAUGGAUGCAUCAUUAAAUUGUCAACCUUGUAUUCAUCCUUGUCUUAAGUGUUUAACAAAUGGUAAUCAUUGUUUAUAGUGUGCAAAUACAUUUGAAAUGAGUACUACUACUCCAAAUACAUGUGUUUGUCCUGUUAACAAAUAUCUAGUAGUAACUAAUAAUCCUACUGAAUGUCUGUCUUGUACUUAACCAUGUGAUACAUGUUCAGGAACAGCUGAUCAUUGUUUAACAUGUAUAGAUAGUAUUAAUUAAACUGUUGAUUCAUCAUAUGAAUGUAAAUGCAAUUCUGGUUUUAUAAUGAAUGGAGUAUAUUGUGAAGCUUGUCAAAAUCCUUGUCUAUAAUGUUAAGGAACUACUAAUUACUGUACUGCAUGCAAAGAUAUAGAACAUUUUAUAUCUAAUGGAUAAUGCAUUUGUAAUCCUGGUUACAUAAAUGAUAAUGACUAUAAUUGUAUACCUUGUUAAGAUGAAUAUUAACUUUUUUAAGGAUAAUGUAUAUGUGAAAUAGGAUAUUAUUAUAUUGAUUUUCUUUGUGAAUAAUGUAGUUAGAAUUGUAGUAAAUGUAACUCAAAAUAUGAAUGUACCGAAUGUAUAGAUUAAUAUUAUUUAUAAAAUACUUAAUGUUUAAAAUGUCAAUUUCCAUGUUUAUAAUGUUUUGAUAUUUAAACUUGUGAAAAAUGUACAGAUAAUUAUUUCAUUGAUGAUAAGGGAAGAUGUAUAUAAUGCAUGUAAAAUUGUGAAUAUUGUAUUGAUUCAA